ACUUGGGUUUGGCCUUGCUAUAAAUAAGGGUUUAUACGAAGAGUAUUUUCACCAAGCCAAGAAGUGUUAUAAACAUUGAACUUCAUCAAGAAAAGGGUUUUGUUUAAUUUGGUGAUUAGAACAAAAGAAAGAGAAAAAAUGGGGUUGAAAAUGUCAGUUGUGUUUGUGAUGUGUGUGUUAAUGUUGGGUGCUUCAAUGGUGGCAGAAGCCCAACUUCUUAAUGGGAUCGUGGGCCCACUCUUGGGUUUAAUACGUGUACAAGGCACUAUCUUUUGCACUGCUAAUGGCAGAGUCAAUGGCACUUCAACCCCUGUUUUCUCUAAUGCUGUUGUACAACUUCAGUGCAAUGGAAAUGUGGUUUCAAGCACAACAACAAACAAUGGAGGAAUGUUUUCAAUGGUGUUGGAUCCAGUUCAGUUUUUAUUGUCUUCUCUACAAUCUGAGUGUAAAUUAGUGGUGAACACACCAUUGUCAAGCUGCAACGCCACUCUUCCUUCGGUUGGGGCUCUCAUAUCCUCACUUCAGAGCAUUGGAUCCAUUGUCAGUGGCUUGCUCCACAUCAACAACUUUGUUCCCACUGGCUUCAAUUUCAUACAGACUCUCAAUUAAAUAAAACUAUAUAUGUAAUUCUGUGUGUCUUAUUAUUAUUGUCACAUCAUUUGAUCACGCUACUACUACGUUUAGACUUAAAUAAGGUGGUCAAACGACAAUAUAUAUAUGUGUGUGUCGUUUCAUUUUGUGUUGUGUUUUCUUCGUUUGUUUUAAUGUUGUGAUUGUACUAUUUUUGCUAAGCUAGCAUGAAUUUGAACUAGCUGCAAAAAUAAAUGAAAUAAAAUCCUUUUAUUA